AUGUGUUUAUUAAGAAGAAUAGUUAAAUUAAAAGUGCAAAAUGUGUACAAUUUAACAAGGACACUUAGUACUUUGCCUGAAAUAAGAAUUUAUGAAGUAGGACCAAGAGAUGGUUUGCAAAAUGAAUCUAAGUUUGUUCCAACGGACAUAAAGAUCGAACUCAUUCAUAAACUUGCUGCAGCUGGAAUCAGAAACAUUGAAUCUGCAAGUUUUGUUAGCCCAAAAUGGGUAAAGCAAAUGAGUGAUGGCAUGGAAGUUAUGAAGAAUAUUAUAAGGACCCCAGGGGUCAACUAUCCUGUUCUUAUACCAAAUUUGAAGGGUUAUGAAACAGCUAUUAAAUGCAAUAUUGAAGAAAUUGCAAUAUUUCCUUCUGGUUCUGAGGGGUUUUCUCAGAAAAAUUUAAACUGUUCUGUUGAAGAAGGCUUAAAAAGAUUCAAAGAAGUAGCAGUUCAAGCUUUAAAGGAUGGCUUAAGAGUAAGGGGUUAUGUAUCUUGUGUGGUAGGAUGUCCAUAUGAUGGCCCUGUCAACCCUAAAUCCAUAGCCAAGAUAACUGAAGAGCUGCUUGAUAUAGGUUGCUAUGAAGUUUCUCUUGGUGAUACAAUAGGAGUUGGCACUGCAGGAUCAGUGCAACGACUUCUGCGUGAAGUACUAACGGUUGCCAAACCAGAAAAUCUAGCAUUGCAUUUCCAUGAUACAUAUGGGCAAGGUCUGUCAAAUUUGCUUGCAGGCUUAGAGUUUGGUAUUAAGACUGUGGAUUCGUCUAUAUCUGGUCUCGGUGGAUGUCCAUACGCACGUGGCGCAACUGGAAACCUAGCUACAGAAGAUCUAGUCUACUUUUUGUAUGGCCUAGGAGUUAAUACAAAUAUCGAUCUAGUCAAAUUAGUCGAAGCAGGUCGCUUCAUAUCAAAUUUUCUGGGAAAAACGACAGAGUCAAGAGUAAAUAGAGCCAUUAGUGAUAGAUUUAAAAAUCACUCUGAUAUUGUAAAAAUAGCAGCCUGUAUAAGCCAAUAA